AUGCGAUAUAUUGCAUGUGUUAAUUGCUCCAGGUCCAAGGCGCGAUGCGACAAAAAGGUUCCGUGCAUGCGAUGCAUCUCCAAACAACUGGUUUGUGAGCCCCGUGCUGCUCGUCGGUCUGGGAACAGCCGAUCGCAGGAUCAAAAUUAUCGAACGCUUCAGCCGCAGAGGCAAGUCGAGCUCGAGGGCGACAGUCAAACUCCCGAUGACAUGACGAGGAAUACUAGCGGAGUCCGACCAUUCUCCGCUGGACCUCAAGCCGCCGCUGAAUCGCAUCCGCCAUCCACGACAUCGGCCGCAGAGCUUUUCCAAGCCUCCUCCGGAGUCUACUCGCCGCACUUCCAACUGCAGCAAUGGACACUGGACACUCUCUCUAGCCAGACCACUCUCCCUCAGGAUUGGCUAGCAGAGAUCUCACGACAAAUUGAGAUUGAGCAAAUCACGGACUCGUUACCUACGUCGGAGUGGGAAAGCUACUUGCACCAGACACCGACGACAAUGAUGGGUAAUUGGCGUAACCCACCCAUGUUGGACGCUAAUAUGACUGGGCUAGCUGGAAAUGCUACUGACGAACCAUAUAGACGCGGUUCCUUUGAAGAUGACAUGGCCCUGAACAGUGGCGAGUCACAGGGUGACAGGGAGUCUGUGACCAUCCAGGACUCGCCGCAAAGACUCUUUCCUACCAACUUCCGCCCAAAGUCAAUACAAUGCUUUAGUCAAGCACGUUUCAACAUCGAAAGAUUAGAGCAUAUAUUGAAGACGCAAAACCAAUGGUUCGGAGGAUACUUCGACUCCCCUCAACCAGGUCGGAAAAAAGCCCGCGCAUCUGCCGAGCCUAUAAGCAACACAACAAGAGAUCAAUUGCUAGUUGUAACACAAUUGCUUCUUCAGCAAUCGCGCACAAUUCAUAAUCGCAAUGCAGCAUCGUCUGGUAGUGCCAAUAUUAACCCUUUAAAUGAGGCAUUGAUCAGCCUUCCACCGACUAGGGUAUUUGAUGCUCUGAUUGAAUCGUACUGCAACUCUUUUGAAAAGUACUUUAGACUCUGCCCUGGGCCCUCAUUCACACCCAAUGAGAUUUUUAAGCAAUUGCCCAAGCAUGGAAAAAUUGCGGGAAUUUUACUGCUUUUGAUGAUUGCUGUCGGCGCAGCCGCUACUCCUUCGAUAGAGUCCCAUGACUUUGCUAUCGGAGUGGCAGAGAUCUGUCGACUCGCUUUUUCGGAAAUCCUUGAGCGGGAUUUUUCAAUCACCGUCGAGCCGCUCAUAUCGCAAUGUGCCCUUCUGCUUCUGUAUCUGGGUAUGUGGGCUGGAGAACGUUGGUUGAUGGGAAUUUCAAGUGCUCAAAGGGAGAUGUAUAUCCACUUGUUUCAUAGCGCCACAUCCCUGCCGAAAUCAGAAAUUACAGAGUUUCCCAGCGAUAUGAAUCUUCAUGACCAGUGGAGCAGAUUGAAAGACCAGGGGUUUCGUUCCCGGCUUGUUUAUGGUUGGGCAAUGGCUGAUCAGGAAUGGAGUUUAUUCUAUGACAAACCUAAUGUAGUCUCUGUCGAGAUGCUGGUAGAUCCAAUGCCCGAAGAUGACACUGUUUGGAAAACCUCAAGUGCUGCCGAGUGGGCUACCUUGGGGUCAGGCUUGCCUAUGAGCAAUGAACGAUUGUCACUCCGGGAUUUUUAUCAUCGAUUCAUCAAUGGCGAGUUGCGUGUUUCUCGAGAAACCGGUUCAAGCCAGUUGUCCCUUCGGCUCUUAUUGGUGCCACUUCAAAGUAUGGUAUGCCAUCUCCGUGAGUGGAUUCACACAUUCGCAAACGGGCAAGUUCGAUGGAGGCAGCAGGCACAGUCAUUGUCCAACUCGGCAAUACAAGUACAACUGCAUCAAGUGCGAGGAUUCUUACUAGAGUGGUUCACACUGGCAUUCCAUUCUUCCACAUUAUCUUCCACAAACUCGCCAUUUUCACUGGUGACUUUGGUUAUAUAUCACUUAAUAUCUCUGAAUGUCAUGACCGACUUUCGCGAGAUUGAUGAAGCGCUCGUUAAUGGGGUUAUGCCAGAUCGUGCCACAUGGAACCCUAGCGUGAGUGGAACACAAUCCUCUGAAGCCUGGGUAAUUGCACAGGAUUCCGAAGAGGAGGUGCUUGUUCACUGCGGCCAAGUACUCAGGCUUUAUAGACUGAUGCCCUUGGCCCACCAGCCGCUCUGGUGGCCAGCGGCCAUUCACCGAGUCUUUCGGAUUGUCUGCUUUGUUGCAAUGGCGCGACAUCCUUCGGACUGGCUACAGUCACGCAACAACAGCCCCCAAAAUAUCUCCAGUACACAGGGAGGGAGGGGAAGUCUUGCCGGGUCAGGAUCUACUAGCACAAAUCCUGGUAUCGAUAUCUUGUCUACAUCUACUAACAGCGCCCGCACGGAAGAAAUAUCUGUUCCACCUUCUGGGGAGCGAAGACAGUCAUCCAUAGAUCUCAUUGCGCUGGACGUUCUUGACCCCGACCACCCGACUCUCGUUCAUUACCUCAAGUACAAGGAAGGCGAGCCUGUCUUAGCACUAAAGGACGCCUAUCCCGUGAGUUUGAAGACCCCAAAGGAAUUAAUCCGGUACUUUCUGGAAGUCCUCGACGGUGACCGAGGCGUCAUUGAUGGCGAUACUACGCCCUCACAUUCUAAAUCUCUCCUCGAGAGAAGUCUUAGAAGUGUACUAGAAGAGUUCGCUGGCCUUUGGGGAGUCCCGAUUGCAAUGAGCACGGCCGGUCAUAGCAAUUGA